GAAAAAAAAGUCGCCCACCAUGGCCUCAUGGUACAAAGGCCUGCUCACCAACGCAUCCUCCAACAUCUCCAAGCUGCAGCGCACCUACUUUGGCGGCGAGUCGGACGGCGACACCGAGGAUGAUACGCACGUCUGCCGCGUCCUGCGCGGCUACUACGCCGAGAAGGGCCAGCCGCUGCCCAGCUGGCUGCCGCCCGAUCCCAAGGCGCCGCCGCCGCAGCAGCCCGUCUUCGCGGCCCAGGGGGUGGGCGGGGGCAGCAGGUACGGCAGCAGCACCGGUGCGGCCGGCGGGGGGUUGAGCAGCCUGUGGGAGGACAGCAAUAGCAACAGCAACAGCGCAGGGCAGCAGGCGCAAGCGCAGCGGCCGGGGCCGUUCGUGAACAGCCGGAAUCCUUUCGCUGGCGGAGGCGAUGCCGGGCAGCGCGCGGGGAGCUACCAGGCGGCCGGGAGCGGGGGGCCGGGCACGGUCAGCCCGGCCCCGACCGGGUCGUCCGGGGUGAGCGCGCAGGAGAAGCUCAAGCAGAGGCUCUGGGGCGGCUCGAGGACGACGAGCCCCGGCUCGGGAGGAGGCCCGUUCCAGCCGCCGGGGCAGCAGCAACCGCCACCGGCGCAACCGUCGGCGAACCGGUGGGCUUGGAGCGGUCAGGGGGGUGCCGGGGGGAGUGACGGGUUGCCCGGCACGAGACACACGGAGCGGCCGGUGAUGAGCGCGAACGCACCGUGGUCGUCGGAUGGAGGGCCGAGUUAUUCUAGCUCGGGAGCGGGAGGCGUUGGGGGCCAAGGGGGGGGAAGGAGCUACGGACUGCCGAGCGGCCCUAGGUCGGGGUUGCCUAGCGGACCACGGCCACGGUAACGAUAUGAGCAUGCACUUGGGGUGGGGAAAGGGGGGGGAGAUAUGGGACUUUUUGGAAUUGGCGCUUCUUUGUUUUGUGUCUGGAUAUAUUUGGAUGUCUGGCUGGCCAGCACGACAGCGCUUUGAGGCCCACUACUACGGGAGCACGACAGGCAGGAUCGGAAACAUGAAAAGAGAACAGGACCGUUAAUAAUCGACCAGCGCCUAUGCUGACGUCUGUCUGUGUAACGAGGAUAAUGACC